AUGGCAACUAGCUUGAGCGAUAUUAAUAAUAAAAAUCUAUAAUCAUUUAGUAGCUUUUAGGAAAACAAGUCAUCUUAAGAGUUAAUUAAGCAGUCAUUCACUUUAGGAGUGUUUGGAUUCGAAUAAAGUGGAAAGUCUACUCUCAUUAAUAGAUUUAAGGGCUAUAAAUUAUUGAUAGAAGAAGAUUCUGGAGUUUUAACUUUUAAAAGAUUUUAGAUUCAAACGAACUAUGGAAAUUUUGAUAUUAAAAGCAUUGAAUUUCCAGAUAAAUAAUAUGUCUUCGACGAAAAAAACUUAAAUACUUAUAAAUAGCAAAUGAUGAAUAUUUAAAUUGCUAUCAUUUUAUUUGAUCAUACUUCAAUAAAGUCUUUGCAUGAGAGUAUGAAAAUAUUGGAUGAAAUAAAGUAGUAAAGAGAGGAAUUACCAAUAAUAGUGGCUGGAAAUAAAAUAGACUCAUUUUAGAGAACAAUUUCUAAGUAGCAUUUGAAAGAAUAAAAAAUAGAUGAACUAAAAAAUUAUUUUGAUAUUUCUGCCAUUUCUAAUUACAACUUAGAAAAAAUGUUUACCAAAUUGUUAAGGAUUUUAACUCAGAAUGAAGAGAUUGUCCUUGUUAGUGGAGCUAAUUUUAAGUAACACGAAUUGAAUGUUGAUCCUAAAAUAUAUCAAUAAAUGGAGCUUGAAGAAAAAUUUAAAAAAUAACUUCUGGAGGCAGGUGGUGGAGUGAUAUGA